UGCUGAGUCUGGAAGAGAAUAACCUUCAUCAUAUAUACAUCUUGCCGGCUUGGACAAUAGAACACAGGAGUGCACACAAAGGAUUAAAAACAUCUGUCAGGGAAAUGCCUUGUGAUAUGUUUGUGGCAUUGCCACCAGCAACCAGUGAUGGAUGUGUCAUUUUUGGAAAAAACACUGAUAGACCAACUGGAGAAGUUCAAGAGGUCAUUCAUGUGCCUAAACAAGACCAUGAGGAGGGAUCAAAGGUCAUGUGUACUUACAUAGAGGUGGACCAGAUACCACACACACAUGCAGUGAUCCUAACCAAGCCGGCCUGGAUGUGGGGUGCCGAGAUGGGAGCUAAUGAGCACGGCCUAUGUAUCGGUAAUGUGGCUGUGUGGUCCAAACUCAAUGGUCCUGACGACCUCAAGGAGAAAUUACUGGGCAUGGAUCUCAUCAGGUUAGGCCUUGAAAGAUCAAAGACUGCCAGGGAGAGUUUGGAUGUUAUAACUGGCCUACUGGGACAGUACGGACAGGGAGGUCCGUGUGCCGAGGAACCAGGAUUAACAAAAUGGGCGUACCACAACAGUUUUUUACUGGUUGACUCGUCAGAGGCAUGGCUUCUGGAAACUGUGGCCUCUCACUGGGCAGCAGAAAAACUCACAGGUAUCCACAAUGUAUCAAAUGAGCUAACAAUCACGACCAAGUUUGACCUGUCUUCCCCUGGCCUAGAGGAGGCAGCAGAGGAAGCCGGGCUCUACAGAAAGGAAGACGGAGACUUCAACUUUUAUCGUGUGUUUUCUGAGGAGUCAUCCGGAGGUUCCUCUAUCUCACCAGGAUCAACAAGAUAUCUCCAUGGAAAACGGCUCCUAAAGGAAUUCGCUUCCAAGGGACAGAUAGGAGUGGAGGAGAUGUGUAAGAUUCUCCGCGAUGAGUCCAGUGGUAUCAACAUGAGUGGAACCUUCACUACCAUGGCCAGCCAUGUGUCUGUGCUGCCUCCCCCGGGGUCUGCCACGCCUCCUUGUCAUUGGUUCACAGCCACACCAAAUCCAAGUACAGGUGUCUUCAAACCGUUCAUCUUCUGCCCACAGGCCAACAUUGGAGAUCUGACUACCUCCCCUGCCUACGGAGCUGAGGACCCAGUCAGGAAAUCUCCUCGCUUCCAGGAACAAGUUGACCGGAAACACCCUCUGUAUCUUGGACACGAAAAUCUACAAACACUGGUCGAUAAGGAUGACCCAAAAGGUCAAAUGAUUGUCCAAAAUCUGCAAGAACUUGAGGUUAAGUGUAUGGAAGACAUAUUUGGAACAUGGGUUCACCUAAACGAGUCAACUCUGGCACUUCAUAUUUGGGGCAUGGGUUCAUGGUAACUCUUGUCUACCUUGUGACCUUUGACUUACAUCCUAGACAUACUUCAGAACUAUUUUAAAUGAGCCCAUGCACGAAAAACAACUAAAUGCUUUCUUCCCUGUAUGUUUAAAAUACUUUAUUCAGUUUUCAUAAAGUAUGAUCCUGAUUCAUCUGACAAGAUAAGCCACAUUACCUCUUCGCACUUAUCUGACUCUCGUUGUUACCGUUUUAUGAAAAACAAAAUGAAUAAUCGAUAGGAUAAUAUAUAAUUUUAUCUUUGAUGCCGCAUCAAAGGAAUUUAUUGUCAUGUGCCACACUUGCUUGCGUCGGUAGCGCCAACCAUCGCUCCAAGGACCAGAGCGCACUGCUAUAUGAAAACGUGGAAUUAUCCGACACCGUUUCGUAUCGCUAAGAAUUUGGAGCCAAUACAAUAAAAUUGGGUGUGACAUAACACCUACCUUACAACUCCGCCGUAGCCCGCGUUGAGAAAGGAGGAGGGGAGCACCAACUGACAACACCUAACAGUCACCUCGAACUAAUGUUCUAACCUAGAAUCGCGAGUAGAGGUUGUAACCUAAAACGAGACUUUAAGCCUGCAACAUCAACAUCACCUACCUUACAUAUAUGGAUAAAUGAGAUAUUUAUUUACCCCAGAACACCCAUUUAGUCCCAUCUA